CCUGAGUCAUCAGGGAAAAGGGAAUAACAAGGGUCUAGAACCCAGGGCAUACUACCACCGCAAGGACUACGGAGGGGGGCAGAUGUGGAGAGGGGCUCCCGGGGCUCUUGAGCUGCUGUCCAUUUCUCCCCUUGUGAAGGCUGGCUCUUCAGUUGUGAGCCUUUCCUAGUCUCUACACCAGCUGCUAAGCCUGGCCAGGCCUCCUGCUCCUUCCCACCUACCGCCUCCCACAGACCAAGAGACACCAGGCCUCCUAUUCUACCUGCUUCUUUCCCCCGCCCCGCCCCCAUGGAGCCCCCGGGGACUGGUUGUGCACGGGGGAGGCUGCACCCUUUUCCCACGGCACUCCGAAGCCUUCUCAACAAUCCCCAAUACAGUGAUGUUUGCUUUGUGGUCGGUCAAGAACGGCAGGAGGUGUUUGCCCACCGGUGCUUGUUGGCCUGUAGAUGCAACUUCUUCCAACGACUUCUGGGCCCAAAGCUGGGCCCUGGGAUGCCUAGCCGUGUGCUAAGCACAGUGCCAGUGGAGGCCUUCCUGGCAGUGCUGGAGUUUCUGUACACCAACAGUGUCAGGCUGCACCGCCGCUCUGUGCUGGAGGUGCUGACAGCGGCUGUGGAGUAUGGGCUGGAGGAACUGCGAGAGCUGUGCCUGGAGUUUGUGGUGAAGGUGCUGGAUGUGGAGCUGGUUUGUGAGGCUUUGCAGGUUGCCGUAACCUUUGGCCUGGGGCCUCUGCAGGAUUGUUGUAUAGCCUUCAUAGAGGCCCACAGCCAGGAGGCGCUCCGGACCCGCGGCUUCUUGGAGCUGUCUGCGCCCGCGUUGCUGCCCCUGCUGCGCAGCGACAAGCUCUGUGUGGACGAGGUUGAGCUCGUCCUGGCUGCCCGGAGCUGGGCGCGCGUGGGCGCGGCCGUGCUGGAGCGGCCUGUGGCGGAGGUGGCGGCCCCGGUGGUGCGGGAGCUGAGACUGGCCUUACUGGCCCCGGCGGAGCUGAGCGCCCUGGAAGAGCAGAACCAGCGGGAGCCACUCAUCCCGGUGGAGCAGAUCGUAGAGGCGUGGAAGUGCCACGCUCUGCGGAGAGGGGAUGCAGCCCGGGGCGCCCCGUGCCGCCGCCGAAGGGGAACCCUGCCCCGGGAGCAUCACUGCUUUCUGGACCUGCCCUUUAAGUGACUAAAGGCCGCAAUUUGCGAGGAAUUCUGGCCUGUCCCAAACUACAGCUCCCAACAUGCCUGGCGCUCAGAGGGGGCUUCCGUCCCCAGCAUGCCCUACGAGCCGGGCGCUGGAAGAACCGCCGUCAGCUCUGUGCC